AAAGGGAAAGAAGGGGCAUGCGUGGGCGUCGUAAACAUGUGCGGUUACAUGAAUGAGUUCUCUGAUGAUUAGAAAUAAUGGAAUCAUGAAAAAAUUAUACUCUGAAUUUUAAUGAUUUUUUUUCUAUUUGAGAUCGAAAACUUUUACGAUUAAUAAAUCUGUAUUUUUUCUUCUUGACGUCGUAUCAUGUUUCGCAAGACACCUUGCGAUGUGACAUGCAUAUUACUCGGACUAUUAUACGUGAUAUAUUUAUAUUAAAUAAUAAUGAUGGAAGCAAAUAACAUGGAUGAGGAAGAUGAAAAUGUUGUGAUACAAGGUAGUGCUCUUCAUGAACAUCUGUCAAAAUUGGGUUAUACAGAUUUUGAAACUGUAUCUGUACCAAAGACAACAUUUUUGGAAGAGAAGCAAUAUUUAAAUAUUAAUAUUAGAAGUAUCAUACAGAAGAUUUAUAAACAAUUAUUUUCUUUUUAUUCCUGGAUAACACAGGAAAAGAGUAUUUCUGAAAAGCAAUUGAGUGCAAUUUUGAAUGCAGAAGCUUUAUUGAAUGAUCAUUUUUUUGUGAUUAACAAUUUUGUAAGCAAGUGCAAUGACAAUUCUAAAAAAACAAGGCUACAGGAAUUAACUGUAACUGGAAUAGUAUUAAUUUCUUCAACAUAUAUUUCAUUAUGUAAAUAUAAGAUGUUACCAACACUAUUUGCAUCAUCUAUAAUCUGUUGUGCUGGUUACAUAAAAUAUACGCGUUUUUAUGCAAAUAGGGAUUUAAAAAAUGUUAUAUCAUUACAAAAUGAACUGCUUGCCAUGUGUAAAGAAAGUCUUAAAAUUUUACGACAUAAUUGUAAAAUAAAAUUGAAUUUUGAAACAUGUUUCCAGCAAUUCUCUCAUUUCAUGGGAAAGAAAUUGCAAUAUUUGCAACCUUUAACAGAGACUUUAAUCGAAUUUAUGGGAAAUAUUUCGUACUUAUAUUACGAAUGUUCUCUAUCAAUUGCAAACCUAUUGCCGCCAGAUGUAUGUAAUGAAGAAUUGUUUACAAAAUUCGAAUGUAAUUCAUUUGAAAUAUCUAGCGAAAUCAAUUAUGAAGCAUUAAAGAAAUUAUAUCACACCUAUCUUUUGGUACAAUCAGAAAUGUUAUAUUUAUUAGCUAUUGCAUAUGACAGCAAUACUUGGAUACAUCAGUGUCAAAUGAUUCCUGAAACAAAAUUAGCUCGUAUAAUUCACAUUUUAAUUAAGAAAUUGACAGUACAUAAAAUCAAAUUGUCGAAGAUUAUUAAUGUUUAUCAUAGUUGUGAAAUGGAACCAGUCCGACAUAAGGCACAAAGGGCCAAAUGGCAAGAUCCGAGUGUUCAAUUGGAUUUAGCAUCAUAUAAGUUACAGUUAGCCUAUAAUCAAGUAUUUUCAAUAUUUAAAGACAUUGAUGAUUGCAUUAGUCAGGAAACUGGCAUUGAUAAUAAAACAACUGAGAUAUUGAUGCAGAGAUUGAAUAGAGCAUUUAAAGAGAUUGAUAUAGCUAAAAGUCUGACAGAAUUUGUUGUUUUAUUAAUGGCGAAGUCGGGAUUCCGUAAAUUGAAGAAUGAUCCGUCUGUAAUUAACGAUAUCACGAUAGAUCAGAAUCCCAAUUUGCCUAUAAUAAUCGAUUCAGAUCCAGAGAUUCUUGAUGAAGUAUUUGAGGAAUAUAUAAAAGAUGAUUAUCUAGAAUCUUUGCAUGAAGAAACAGAUAAGUAUUCAUUGGAACAGCAAAAAUUAGAUAAACUUUUGGUAAAGAAUUUUAUGAGUGAAUUGAAAGAAGCUCUAGUUGAUAAACAUAAAUCUAUGUCUGAACGAGAAUCGAAAGCCUUAGAACGUAUAUACAAAAAUAUAUCAAAAGACUCUGUAUCAAAUACUGAAGACAACAAGAAUCGUCAAUUUAUACCUAUUCCACCACCAAUGCCUGCUUAUUACAUAUGGUCAAGUCCAUCAAGUAACAUUAAUUCGAAAUAUAAAAAAAUAAUUCCUUCCACUUGCAAGAUUAAAAAUAAUGAUUUAUCUAGUCAAGAAAAGAUUGACGAUUCUGAUGAAGAGAACGAUUCUAUGAGAAUGCUAAAAUAUAAAAACAUAUCAAAUAUGUCAUCUGCAGAAGUCUGUAAAAGAGAAAACGAGGAAUUUUUUACAUUUUUACCACAAGUUUUACUUGAAACACAAGCUACACAAUUUGUUACAAAAUUACCACCUGCUUUUCUCCAGGAGGAAACAUUUGUAGGAAGUGGUGAAAAUUCCGAAGAUGAAAUCGUAAAUAAUUCAAGUGAUAACAUAAAUGAUAAUGAAGAUAAUGAAAAUUUUAAUAAUACAAUACAUGGGCUGAAAUAAUAUAAAUAAAUAUAUAAUAUAUAUAAUUUAAAUAAAGCAAUAAGUGUGAUAGCAACUGAAUAGUUCUGGACAUCGUUUUGUAUCUUACACAUUAU